AUGUUUUACGGAGGAGCACCUGCGGGUCCUGCCGGGACUGGAAAGACGGAAACCGUUAAAGAUAUGGGACGGACACUUGGUGUGUUUGUGGUCGUUACGAACUGUUCGGAUCAACACCGGUUUACAGACAUGGCAAAGAUCUUUAAAGGUCUAUGCCAGAGUGGCUUGUGGGGCUGUUUCGACGAAUUCAAUCGAAUCGACCUAGAAGUAUUGUCAGUCGUCGCUAUGCAGAUAGAAUCUAUAACUCUGGCAAAAAAGCAAGCUCUCAAGUCCUUUUUGUUUCCCGGGGAAUCAGCUCCCAUUAAACUCGUCCCAACUACAGCCUACUUCAUUACCAUGAAUCCUGGAUAUGCGGGAAGACAGGAACUGCCUGAAAACUUGAAAGUCUUAUUUAGGAGUGUAUCCAUGAUGGUCAAGCUGGCCUCAGUUGGGUACAUGGAUAUUGACAAUCUUUCGAAAAAAUUUAAGGUUUUGUACGGCUUGUGCGAGGAGCAACUUUCAAAACAGAGGCACUACGACUUCGGUUUAAGGAACAUUCUCUCCGUGCUGAGAACAGCGGGUGCUACGAAGCGGAACGAGCCUGAAGCUGACGAAGAAAUGCUCCUCAUGAGAACCCUUCGUGAUAUGAACCUCUCGAAGCUGGUUGCGGACGACGUCCCGUUAUUCCUUUCUCUUCUCAACGACAUAUUCCCCCGCCAAGCUAACCCACCAAAGAAGGUGUACCAGGAAGUCGAAACUGCUGUCUUGCAGGAGCUUGAAAAACGUGGGCUUGUCCGAACCGAUGAGUUCUUGAUAAAAAUCAUGCAGCUUUACGAGACCUCUGUUGUCCGUCACGGGUUUAUGUUGGUUGGCGAUUCCUGCUCGGGGAAAACAACGAUUGCUAAUACGCUCACAGCGGCACUGACAGCCAUCGGGCAGCAGACACGCAUUGUAACGAUGAACCCGAAGGCCAUUACUGCCCAACAGAUGUACGGUGUUAAAGACCCAAUAUCUGACGAAUGGACUCCUGGUAUCUUUGCUUGGAUGUGGGCUCGGUACAACAACCGCUCGUUAAAGUUCAACACUUGGAUUACUUGCGAUGGGCCAGUAGAUGCUAUUUGGAUUGAGAACCUCAACACGGUCUUGGAUGACAACAAGAUAUUGACUCUCGCGAACAACGAUCGUAUUCCCAUGACGGAAAAUACGAGGAUCGUUUUUGAAGUCGAAAAUCUCAACAACGCAUCUCCCGCUACCGUCAGUCGUGCAGGCAUCAUCUUUGUCUCCGCUUCUGACCUAGGAUGGAAGCCUUUGAUCAGAAGCUGGCUGGAGAGGCUCUCUUCAGAAAGUCCUGAAGGAGCACAGAAGUCAAAGAUCAUGAACGAGCUAUUCGACAAGUACAUAUGCUCGUCCCAAGUAUACGACUUCGCGCUUAGGGAUUGCACCCACGUGAUGCAGAUUACUCCCGUCGUGAUGACCGUGCAACUUCUUAACCUUCUCAGCAGCAUGCUGAUGUCAUAUGAAGGUGCCAGUGAAGGCAUGACUCAGCAAGACUAUGAAAACAUGAUGGUCUAUGCCAUAGCAUGGUCUUGCGGCGCCCUAUUUGAACCAGAGGACAGGCAAAAAUUCUGCACAUUCUUAAGGGAAAAGAUGUCGUCACCACACCAGUGCGAAGCAGGGCUUACAAUUUUUGACUACUUCGUCGACCCCAAGACCAAGAAAUUUCGGAAAUGGGCAGCCCCUGAUUGGAGCCCACCGAAGGGGGCUUUCUCUUUCUCAUCAAUUCUUAUUCCGACUCUUGAUUCAGAAAGGGCUGAAUAUAUUCUUCAACUCAUGACUAGUUUGCCGCAAUCAAGAAAUCCGCCGUCAUUUCAGUCAGUUCUGUUGCUUGGAGGCCCCGGGACAGCCAAAACCUCUACAGCGCUUAUGUUCUUGGAGAAGCUCGAUGAUGGCGAGACCUUGUGGAAGAGGGUGAAUCUUUCGUCAGCUACUCUACCUGAGCGUUUUCAACAAACCAUCGAAUCUAAUCUAGAGCGGAAGACAGGGAAGACCUACUGUCCUCCAGGUGGCAAACAGAUGGUCUUUUUCCUCGAUGACCUCUCCAUGCCAUUUGUAAAUGCUUGGGGGGAUCAAGUUACUCUGGAACUGUUACGCCAGUUAAUCGAACAGGGAGGUUUUUACUUCCUGGAAAAAGACAAGAGGGGCGACUUCAAAUCUAUCAUUGGUCUCCGGUAUAUAGGAGCAAUGAAUCAUCCUGGUGGUGGCCGUAAUGACAUUCCAAACCGUCUGAAGUCUAAAUUUUUCUCUUUGAACAUGAUCCUACCGUCGUUGACGUCUGUUGACAACAUAUACGGGUCGAUGAUUAGAAGUAGAAUUACCUUGAAGAAUGGUGCGACUCCGCUGGUCGUCGAAAUGUCAUCGAAGCUCACGCAGGCUACCAUAGACGUUUGGCUUGAAGUAAAAAAGCUCUUAUUGCCUACGCCUAGCCGCUUCCACUACAUCUUCAACCUACGCGACCUUUCACGGGUGUUCCAAGGAGUACUGAACUGCCCCCUCGACGUAGUAAACACUUGUGAACACUUUCUUGCCCUCUGGAAGCAUGAGUGCACCAGAGUGCUGGCGGAUAAACUAUGCCGGAAGACCGACAAGGACAUUGUUGAAAAGGCCAUAAAUGAUGCAUGUGCCAAGCAUUUUGGCCAAUCGCUGCAGAAAGCAAUUGUCGAGACGCCAUGGUUUGCCGACUUCCUGAGGGAGCCCGGUGAAGACGAGUCGGGGGAACUGCUACCUGCUCAGAAGGUUUAUGAGCCAGUGCCUAAUCUGCAACUCGUCAGAACCAGAGCAAUGGAGUAUCUACAGCGCUAUAACGAAGAAAACCCAGCAAAGGCGGCAAACUUAGUUCUAUUUGAUGAUGCACUAGCUCACCUGAUGAUCAUUUCAAGAAUCAUCCAGAUGCCGCGGGGCUCGGCAAUGCUAGUAGGCGUCGGCGGUUCCGGCAAGCAGUCGCUAACUCGCUUGGCCUCUUUCAUCGCUGGUCAUGCCCAGUUCCAAAUCGCUAUCACCAAGACAUAUAGCGAUGGCGCCCUAUUUGAUGACUUCCGGGCACUAUACGUAAAUACUGGCCAGAAGAAUAUGCAGACGACGUUUCUUUUGACGGAUCUGGAAAUAAAGAGCGAAGGCUUUCUGGAGUACUUUAACUCAUUCCUCUCGACUGGAGAAAUAUCCGGUCUGUUUGCCAAAGAUGAAAUGGAUUCUAUGGUGGCCGACAGGAGAGCGGAUUUCAUCAAGGAAUGCCCACACCUGCAGGAAACAAUGACAAAUAUGUACAACUUUUUCUUGAACCGCGUCCGUGCAAACUUGCACAUAGUCCUCUGCUUUUCCCCUUUGAGCAGGAAGUUUGCAGAGAGGGCACAGAAGUUCCCUGGGCUCUUCAGCUGCACGACUAUUGAUUGGUUUUUGCCAUGGCCUGAAGCCGCCCUAGUUGCUGUCUCUUCGAGCUUUCUGGACAAAUUCGAAAUUGACGCAAGCGCCGAAAAAAAGCUUGUCCUGUACAAUGUGAUGGGCAACAUACAUAAUAAUGUAAACAAAACGUGUGAUGACUAUUUCCGACGCAUGAGGCGCUACGUCUAUGUCACGCCCAAGUCCUACCUCUCAUUUAUCAAUUUUUACAAGAAAGUCUACACGGAAAAGUUCGACGAAGUGAACAAUCUGGAGCGCAGCGUUAACGUUGGUUUGAAGAAACUGAACCAGGCUGCACAAGACAUUAAACAAAUGAAGGUGCAGCUGAAGGCUGAAGAGAAGAAACUACAAGAGUCCGAAGUGCAGACCAACCAGCUUUUGGCCAGAGUACAAAGCGAAUCUGCCAAGGCGGAGAAAAAGAGUCAAGGGGUGGCAGCAUUCCGAGAUGAAUGCCUAAAGAACAAAGAAGAAAUUGAACGGGAGCAAGAGGAGGCGAACAAUGAUCUACAGGCAGCUUUACCCUACCUUCGGGAGGCUGAAGAUGCAGUCAAGUCCAUCACUGCAAAGGACAUAGUUGAGCUGAAAACGAUGAAGACGCCCUCAGAUAUUAUUCGCCUUGUUUUCGACGGCGUUCUCAUUCUGCUGCAAAAUCGGUUGGCAGAUGUUAAGGCAGAGUCGAAGGUCAUAAACAAGAAGCAGAUUGACUUUAUUCACGACUCCUUUGACGAAAGUGCGAAGGCAAUGAUGGCGGACGUGCAUUUCCUUUCCAACCUCUUCGACUUUUCCAGGGGCUCGCAUGUUGUGGGUAAUUACUGUUCUGCAGGACUGUGCAAAUGGGUUGGAGCUAUGGUGAUGUAUCAUGAGGCUGCAAAGAUUGUGAAGCCAAAAAUGGACUACCUGACAGUACAAACAGCAAGGGUUGAGGUUGCGCUGCGUCAAUUGAGCGAAGCGGAAGAAGAGUUGCGAAAAGCUCAGGCAGCGUUGGACGAAAUCAACCGGCAAUUCCAGGAGGCGCUUGCCUCGAAAAGAGAGCUAGAGCAAAGGGCGCAAGCAACGAAGCGUCGGAUGGAACAGGCUAACCGGCUGAUCAACGGACUCGCAGGGGAAAAGGCUCGAUGGACAGAGGAUUCGAACACUUUCGCUGAGAGGAGAAAACGGCUGGUUGGUGACAUCCUAGUCGCGGCAGGAUUCGUGUCCUAUUGCGGCCCAUUCAACGCCGAGUACAGGGAGUUGCUAAGGAAAGAGUUAGUCCACAAUAAAAAAUUAUUGAGACCACCUGGCAGAGAUUGCCGGCCCAAAAACAUAAACUGCCUUGUAUUUGCUAACGCCACUAUACGGAUGAGGAACGCUAAUGAGUGCAUUCCUUAUCAGGUGCUGUCCUACGCAAUCAGGGUUAUGCUGAAGGAUGCGAAGAAUAAUGGCAUCCCUUGCUCUGAAUCCCUUAACAUCGUCGACCUCCUCGUCGAUGAGGGAACGCGCGGCGAGUGGAACCUACAAGGCCUCCCCGCAGACGAGUUGUCUGUGGAAAAUGCUAUCAUUGUGACGCGAUCGGACAGGUUUAAGGAUAAGGUGGAGUUUUGCCUUUCUGAGGGGCUGCCAAUACUGAUUGAAAAUCUUGGUGAUAAUGUGCCAGAAGUCCUAGAUCCAAUUCUUGAAAAACAGUUCCUUAAGAAAGGAAAGAGGCUUUAUGUUACUUUUAUGGACCAACAAGUGGAAUACAAUCCAGCAUUUGCCCUUUACAUGACAACGAAGCUGGCCAAUCCCCACUUCUCGCCAGAGAUCAAUGCGAAGUGCACCAUGAUAGACUUUACAGUCAUGCACGAAGGCCUUGAGCAACAGUUGCUUGGUAGAGUUCUCUCUAUGGAGCAAAGAGCUCUCGAGGAGUCCCUCAAUCAGCUCGUAGAAUCCCUGACGGCAAAUACUAAAGCAUUGAAGGAGCUGGACAGUCAGCUGCUGGAUCGUUUGUCUCAUUCCUCUGGAAAUCUUUUGGAUGAUCUGGAGCUUAUUGAGGUGCUUGCCAAUACCAAGGCAAAGGCAAAGGAAGUGGAGAAAAAACUUAAAGAUGCACAAGAAAAGAAGGCGGAGAUUAAUGAGAAGAGAGAGCAGUAUCGCCCGGUAGCAACGAGGGGAUCCGUCCUAUAUUUUUGCAUGGUUGAGGCAUCUUUGAUAUGCUGGAUGUACAACAGUUCCCUCGCGCAAUUCUUAGAACAAUUUGAUAUAUCAGUUUAUAGAUCGGAAAAGGCACAACCAACUCACAAACGUGUGGAGAAGAUUGUAGAAUAUUUGACUUACCAAGUUUAUAGAUACGUCUGUCGGGGUCUAUUCGAGCGGCACAAACAAAGCUUCGUGAUGAUGCUAAUACUUAAAAUGCUGCAAAUCGACGGUCUUGACGAGAAGGGAGAAGCUCCCUGUCCCUUCAAAUGGUUAGGGCAGGAUUCAAAAGUGUGGCUAAACGUCUUGCAGCUUUCAAGGACCAGCUUCGGCAGAGACCAAAUACAACUCUUUUGCGAACUGCCCGAAUCACUUAGCAAAAACGAAGCUGCGUGGAGGAAGUGGAUGGAAGACAACGAACCAGAAACUCUACCAGUCCCGGACUACGAAGACAGACUUAAAUGUCUGAAAAAUCUCGGGCACAUACUAAGGCUGUGUCUCAUCCGCUCUAUGAGGCCUGAUCGAACAGUAGUGGCGUCGGCACGUGCUAUUGACCAGGUCUUGGAGCCAAAAUAUACAGAACCGGUUACUGACUCUGUCGAGUCAAUAUGGCAGGAAUCAUCCUGCCGCGUUCCAGUGAUUUUCUUGCUUUCUCCCGGCGCCGACCCGACGUCGAGUAUUGAUGAGCUGGCAAAGAAGAAACGAAAGUUCCCGACUGACAAAGUAUCAAUGGGCGAAGGGCAGGAAGUGGUGGCAAGGGAAAAAAUUAAAUCUGGCUUUCUAUCGGGCAGCUGGGUAGUGUUGCAGAACUGUCACCUUGGACUAAACUUCAUGAGUGAAAUCGAAGAACUCCUUCUUCGGGAUUUCCGUUUGUGGAUUACGUGCGAGCCCCACAAUAAGUUCCCCAUUGGGCUUCUGCAAAUGGCCAUCAAAGUCACGAAUGAGUCACCCAUUGGACUCAAGGCCGGGCUUUCAAGGAGCUUUACAACGAUGAUAACCCAGGAAACAUUGGACAAAGUGAACAACGAAAAGUGGCGCACCAUCGUAUUUGCACUUGCCAUGCUCCAUAGCGUCGUUCAAGAGCGGCGAAAGUUUGGCCCCUUGGGCUGGUGCAUUCCGUAUGAAUUUAAUUAUUCGGAUUUGGAGGCAUCGCUUUUCGUUGUAGAAAAACACCUGGCAGCAACAAUAUUAGUAGGGCAACCGUUAUCAUGGUCCACCAUUGGAUACAUGGUUGGCGAGGUGCAGUACGGAGGGCGCAUUACAGACGACCUGGACAGGGAGAUGUUCAACACUUACACCGGAAAAUGGCUGACUGACGACCUAUUCAGGUCGGGAUUUUGCUUUAACAGCUCUACAACAAACGCUCACGAAUUCAUGUACAGAGUCCCACAAGCAACUGACAUCUCCGUCUACCGCGAUUACAUCAACUCGCUUCCGUAUGUCGAUCAACCAGGAGUUUUUGGCCUCCACGUAAAUGCCGAUCUUACAUUUCGGCUACAGGAGUCUUCAUCCAUGCUCGAAACUAUACAGUGCUUCAACCAGCAUUUGCCUUACUUGAAAGUAGAAACUGUGCACUUAACUUCCCAGGAUACUUUACCAAAAGCUUCUUCAGGGGGCAAAGGAAAGUCACAGGAAGAAACAGUGCGCGAAAAAUGCGUGGAAAUGUUAACCAAAAUGCCGGAUGACUUCCAAGAAAGAGUAUACAGGGAACAGGUGUCCAAGCUUUCCGGACCGCCGGCGUUGAAUGCCAAAGGAUUUGCCGCUCCGCUAAAUAUAUUCCUCUACCAGGAAGUGCAGCGUAUGCAGCGGAUCUUGACCAUCGUUCGCACCAAUUUAUCAUCCAUCAUUAGUGCAAUCGAUGGUACCGUCAUCAUGACACCAGACUUGCAGGAUGACGUGACGGCAAUAUCUGACUUGAGGGUGCCACGGCGUUGGAUUAAGGAUCCAAGCGGCGCCGAGAUUUCUUGGCUUUCACCAACUCUUGGAAAAUGGUUUUCCGGCAUGAGACUUAGGGCUGAGCAGCUUUGUGCAUGGCUAGAAAAGGGAAGGCCAAAAUCAUUUUGGCUCGCUGGCUUCUUUAAUCCCACAGGAUUCCUUACUGGGAUGAUGCAGGAGGUCACACGGCAGCACAAGCGAGACCAGUGGGGGCUUGAUGACGUGGUUCUGCACUCAGAAAUGCGCACCGUAGAUGUAGAGAAGAUCAAAGACAUUCCAGAGGAAGGGGUGGAACUGGCACGAAUCCAGGCUGGAAGAAUCCUUACCGAAAGUCAUGGUUGA